CAUUUUGAAAAAAGAACCUUCAGUUUAUAUAACACGACUGAUCUGUUUAUUUACUACUUAAUAUUUUUAAGUUAUUUUAUAGAUAGAAAGUAGUUUUUUCUUUGUAUCAACAUGAAUGCUCCGACGCCGAAAAAUGUGAAAUCUACAAAGAGUAGACUGGAUACUAUUAACCAGCCUGACGAAAGCGUCAGCAAGAAACCAAAUGCGAUGUCUAAGACACAGUCGCACUUCCUCGUACCGUCUGAGAAGCUAGAUAAGGUGACUAGGAGAGUCAUAGCACCUUAUGCGCAAAUUGAAAGGAAAGGUCUUAAAGAGGAAGAAGACAAGGCUGGCAGAUACCUGGACAUGAACAGAUUCAACGUUUUCUUAGAGGACACAGUAGACCUGGAGUCCUUACUGUAUGAGACCGCGAUGGUGCUGAAAACUGUCACCGAUAGCUCAGGUGUAUUUGUGUACAUUGUGGACAAACUGAAAAAUGAAAUCGUUUUGAUGCACCCGGAUACGAAGAACCCGGAUAGACAUCAGAUAAACUUGACUAUAGAGGAAGGCAAGACCGCUGCCGCUCACGUGGCUUCCACCAAAGAGUUUCUACUCCUGGAGGACGUCCAACGUGACCGCCGGUUCUCUGACGGGCUCAGAUGGAUAGACGCGAAGGUGGCUCUCUGCAUGCCGGUCGUCAAGCCAGACGGAGAAUGCUACGCCGUUCUAGAACUAUACAGAACUUAUGCGAAAGCGUAUGACGAUAACGUAGUGUACACGGUGGUGAGCGUGGCGUGCUGGGCGGGCGCGGCGGUGCACCAGGCGCAGGCUCGCGUCACGUACUCAAGGACUUCGCAUCUCAACGCCGAGCUGCGCACCUUACUGCAGAACUACUUCUGUGAUCUAGCCUCCAUUGACACCAUGCUUACUGAUAUGCUGACGGUUGUGAAAUCGUUUAUCGGCGCUUUACGCAGUAGUUUCUACAUAAUUGACAAGGACCACAUCGGUACUCAGAUCCAAGCAGACAUGUGGGAUGACGGCUGGUCUAAUGAAAAGACAACCAUGCCUAAGAAGAAACUGAAAGUCAAUUUAAGCCUAGAACAGAACCCAGCUGGCUACGUGGCUCGUAAUGGUGAAACUCUCAACGUGCGCGACGCUUACAAGGACCCCCGGUUUAAUAAAGAGAUAGAUCCCACAACUGGGACAGUGGUGCGCUCCUGUCUGGUGUCACCUAUCACUGAUAAAACUGGAGUCAUUGGUGUAGUGCAGCUGACAAACAAGACGACUUCACAGCCCUUCAAUAAGGACGACGAGGUGAUAUUCUCUGUGUUCGUCAGCUACUGCUCUCUCAUCGUACACUUCUAUACCAUGCAGCAGAAGAAGAUUUACCACGAAAACUUGAACCGCGUAUAUUCCGAACUGAUGAGCAUACACUUGAGUCCGUGCAAACAUGAUAUGGAUGAGCUGAUGGAGAGUAGUGGCGUCGUUCUACCGCCGAACACCUUUAAGAGCUUCGACUACCAUAUAAGCGACGGCAACAGCAGUAAGGAGGAUAUGGCGGGGCUGGUCUGCCACAUGUUCACGGAAACCUUUGCCACUCGCCACUUCGAGAAGUUUCAGCUCGGAGACUUCGUGCUCUCCGUACUGGGGUGUUACAGAGACAAUCCUUAUCACAACGCUGAACACGCCUUCUGUUUCACUCACACCAUGUAUAUGAUACUCAUCAAUAAUAACGGAUACUUUGAUUUUAUUGAGACGGUAGCUCUAAUGUUAGCGGGUCUGUGCCACGACUUGGACCACCCCGGCUUCAACAACAACUUCCUGACUCUGUGCAAGCAUCCGCUCUCAAGCAUGUACAGGACGUCAAUGUUAGAAUACCACCACUACUUCCUAGCCAAGAAGAUGAUUGAAGAUAAGAACAUUCUACAAAAGUUGCCGACGAUCGACCAGGAGCGCAUCAUGGAGGAGAUCAAGUACAACAUCCUGUGCACAGACCUCGCCGUGUACUUCCAGAUCAGGGCGCAGCUCACGCCGCUGCUGGCCGACCACCAGUUCGAAUGGUCCGAUAACUCGCACAGGAAAAUGCUUAAGGGUAUUUUAAUGACGACAAGUGAUCUAUCCGGCUGCUGCAAACCCUUUGGCGUGUCGAAAGCGAUAGCUGAAUCUGUCUAUGAAGAGUUUUAUGCUCAGGGCGACCGCGAGCGCGCGAUGGGCUACACGCCACUGAGCAUGAUGGACCGGCGCCGCGCCAUCAACCAGCCCGCGGAACAGAUACAGUUCCUGUCCGUCGUGGUGCUGCCGUGUCUGCUCAUGCUGCAGAGCAUCUUCCCCAACACACACCCGCUCACUGAUAACUGCAGGAAAACCCAAGAGGCCUGGCACGAGGAGAUCGAGAUCCGCGGCCAGAAGCUGUGGCGGCAGGAGGACUCGCUGCCCAGCAGUCAGAAGAACCUGCUCAAAGAGGAGAACAAGUCUGACUACGAGAUUAAUAACUGAACCUUAUUCAUUAUCUUAUAGUUAUUUGUUAAUUUACUGUUUUAAAUUAAACUUAUUUUAAGA